AACCAGGUGACUCUUAUUCUGAAACGCCAACUGUCACCCGGAAGUAAAUGCAUCUCACGUGUUGGUCCGUGUAAAAAUGUCUACCGACGUUUCAGCGAAAAGACCCCAAGCUGCGCCCUCUCAGGGAGCAGAGCGGGUGAAUUGGAAGAAAAGGAAAACAGAGAUCAAAGAGACCAAGAAGCAAACGAAAGAGGCCAAGCUGAUCAAACAGUUGGACAAGCAGCAACGGAAGGAGUCUGCGGAGAGAGAGCAGCACCAUCAAAGCCAACGCACCAGAGGUCGGGCCUACACGGUGAGCGUGGCCCUGCCGGGUUCGGUCCUGGACAACGCUCAGUCCACGGAGCUUCGUACGUACCUGGCCGGGCAGAUCGCCCGAGCCUGCGUGGUGUUCUGCGUCGACGAGAUCAUCGUGUUUGACGAAUACGGGGAAGAUGUCAAGAGUGUUGAAGGGGAGUUUAAAGGCGUCGGGAAGAAAGGACAUGCUUGUAUUCAGCUCGCCAGAAUACUUCAGUACCUGGAAUGUCCUCAGUAUCUGCGCAAGUGGUUUUUCCCAAAACAUCAGGACUUGCAGUAUGCAGGUUUGCUCAACCCUUUAGACAGCCCCCACCACAUGAGGAUCGACGAUGAAUCGGACUACCGGGAAGGAAUCGUCCUCGACAGGCCGCUCAAACCAGGAAAGGGGUCACUGGUCAACUGUGGAAUGAGAAAGGACGUUCGAAUUGAUAAACAGCUGCAGUCUGGACUUCGUGUCACAGUGAAGCUCAACAAGACACAAAAUCAAGAGAGCAAAUUGUGUAAAGGAGCCGUGGUGCCUCCUCAACUGCCCCGGACCGAAGGAGGCGUUUACUGGGGUUACAGCGUCCGCCUGGCAUCCUGUCUCAGUGCCGUUUUCACCGAGAGUCCACACAAAGAAGGAUACGAUCUGACCAUUGGCACGUCGGAGAGGGGCAGCAACGUGGACCAAGCGACCCUGUCCCCGUUCAGGCAUCUAUUGGUGGUCUUCGGAGGUCUUCAGGGCCUGGAAGCCAGUGUAGACACGGACCAAAACCUGGAAGUGAAUGACCCCAGUGUUUUAUUUGACCUUUACCUCAACACGUGCCCUGGGCAGGGCAGCAGGACCAUUCGCACAGAGGAGGCCAUCUUGGUUUCCAUGGCGGGGCUCAGACGGAAGAUCGAUGACGCAUUUCUAGAUGUUUCAAAUGGCGCAUCAACCAAUCAGUGAUCAAAGACACACCCGCAGGACGCUUGAUCAUCUCGCAUUCUCCAUGACGUUGUUCAUUUUCCAUAAUUAGACUUUUGUCGCAUUGCGUACCGCUGAAACAGCUGUUAUUACAAACAUCCCAACCCCUGCAUUGUGUGAAGUCAUUUCUCUGUUUGCCGUUGUAUAGUCUUCGUUUUGUACGUCUGUUUUUGACUGAAUCAACAAAUUGUAUAUAUUUAAAUACAAGAACUAUUCACAGGCUC